AUGGUAUGGUAUGGUAUGGUUGGGUGUCACAGGCAGGUGCGAUGCCUUUCUGCUGAAGAUGUGGUCAUGGCUUCUGGCUUUUGUGAAGAUUGCUCCCGAUUGCUUAAAGAAUUUCUCGUUUAUUUGAGGAAGGUUUGCAGAGAGUUUGAGCAAAAAAUAAGAGACUUUUUCAGGGAACUUUCUCAGUGCACCUGCUUUAGGAUUACCCCGGAGGGUAGUGUCCUGAGGAGGAGGAGGACGCAAGAGUUGCCCUCUUUGCACCUGCUGCAUGAUGAUGAUUCUCAACUACUUAAUCAGGAGUGUCUACACGCACUGAACAGACUUGCAUCCUCAGAAAACACUGAUCUACAAACUACUGCAGCCAUGUAUUAUUUACAUGUCAGUCAUCAUUUGACAUCGCCUUUACCAGAUGCCUUCAUGGAGCCAGUCAUGGCCUUACUUUUAUCAACUGACCUAGACGUGCAAAAGACUAUAUCUCUCUCUUUGGUCAAUCUGUUAGUCAAAAAUAAUGUGUGCAAGGAGUUAGUGAUUGAAAUGGGGAUGCUGGUGCCCAUACUGGAGCUGUUCCAGUCCGGUGAUGCCACCGCUCAGUGUCACUCAUGUGCCUGCAUCACCAUGCUGGCCUCCUCAGAACCAGACAGUGAAGCUAUCAUGGUGGAUGGCAUCAUGCCACUGUUGGCUUUAGCCAAAUCCUACGAGCCACAGGUGCAGCAGAACGCCACUUGGGCUCUGUUACAUCUCACACAGUCAGAUUGGUCAACAAGGAUCUUAUGUCAAGCGGGAGCUAUUCCUGUCCUGGUACUUCUGCUGCAGUCCUCAAAUUCAGAAGUUCAGUUUUACAGUUGCACCGCUCUGUGCAACAUCGCUGCUGUCCGGGAGCAUCACCCAAAGUUGCUCAGCAUCGGGGAUCAUUUUUUGUUAAAGUCUCUUCUGACUCUCAUGUCUUCCUCUGUGCAAAAGAAUUCAUCUCAAGCAUGCAGAUGCCUCCAAACGCUCUCAAAGAACGUGCUGAUCCAGGAGCAGCUGAUGGAGCUCGACUGUGUGUUGCCCCUGAAGGCGCUGCUGAAAAACUCUUCUCCUGUGUGGACAGAAUCAGCCAUAACACUUCUGUCUGCACUGUCGGCACACACACCAAACAAUGACGUCCUGGUGACUGAGGGUCUGUUGGAUGAAAUUGGUCAGCUGCUUCAUUAUGAAACAUCCUUCAUAAUCACACACAGCUGCAAGAUAAUCACCAACCUGUGUAGCUCCAGCAUGGGUCAGCAGGCUGUGAUGGAAAGUCUGUGUUUAUCCAGACUCCUCAGGGCCCUUCUGUCUCCGUCCCUGUCGGAUGAGACCUUGCUGCAUGUGACGUCAUGCUUACGUCACCUCAUGACCUCGGAUCCACUUAAGUCUAACUUGUCGGUGACAAUAACAUCAGAGCAAGUUUCAAGACUUGUGAAGUUGUCCGGCCAAAUACAAAAUCCUCAGUUGUCCUACAACAGUGCGGCCAUCAUCAGCCAACUAGAAAUGACCGAGGAGAUAAUCCAGUUGCUGAGAUCUCACUACAUUCUCAUGUUGGAGUACCUGUUGGUGUUUCUCAAAAAGAAAGAUGUAAAGUUGCAGCAGCUUGGCAUAAUUACAGUAUUCAACCUCAAGAAAGAUGGGGACUUUUCCUCUCUGCUGGCUGGCAGUGAGUUGGAGGCUCAGCUGUGGAAGGUGCAUGCGCAGACGGAAGAAACCAGACAGAUGCUGCAAAUGAUUAAGCCUCUUUCUCCAUCUGCUGUUAACCCAUGACUUUCCUCACCACAAACACUUGUGAUGUGCACAGUGUUUACAUUCAUGCACAUUAUGGACAAGCAGCAUUUUUUUUUCUAUUGUGUUUAUUGCAUUUCAACUUUUAAUGUUUACAGUCAACAAAUUAAGUGAAAAACAAGGCAGAGAUGUGGCAUAGUAUCAACUUUAAUGAAAUAUGGCAUAUAUUUCAACUUUUUAACAGGUUA